AUAGGAACUUCGCCUUUGCUGGGAACAUUCAGGGAACUUCUCAGCAACCAUGGGGCUGGGACUUCUUGCACUGACUUGUCUGGUGGGAGCUGCUUUUGCUGGCCCAUUCGCAAGAGAGACAAGUAAUCGGUGCUCUUUACAGUGCUCAGAACAAGAAAAUGGAAGAUUCAGUUUUGAAGUAGGCAAAAAAUAUGUAUACAGGUACAGAGGAGGUAACUACUUGGGGAUUGCUCACAAACUGAAACAAAACACGACAAUCCGUGGACUUGUAGAAAUUCACGUAUUAAGCAAAUGCGAACUGGUCUUGAAGCUAAAAGAGAUCAACCUCGAGGAAAAGGCUACAGCAGCAGAAACCAGGGAUUUAAUCAGAAGGCUGGAAAUUCCUGUACCUUUCGCAUUCGAUAACGGUAAAAUUGAAAACGUGUGCCCAAGUCCUGAAGAAGUGCCACAGUCUCUCAACAUUAAGAAAGGCAUUCUUUCAACCUUAAUCAAUACCAUGUCAAAUCCUUUCUCGGAGAUAGUCAAAGAGGACGACAGCUUGGGAACGUGUGUUACGAAAUAUACAGCGCAGCAAGGGCGUUCAACACAAAUCAGAAAGGAAAAAAAUUUGAAAUCCUGCACACAGAGACACUCAUCUGUAACAGCUUUGAUCACAAGUCCUUACGAUUCACCAAACUCGAAUGUUCACGCUGCUCCAAUUUUUCCGGGAGAGACAUUAAUAUGCACUCAAGACAUCGAAAGAGGUACUCUCUUCAUUGUGUCGUGUGUGGAGGAAGCGGAAUUGAAACCUCUAAAGGAACAUGACGAUAUCAUUAAAUUCGAAGGAGUAGUGGAGCUGGUUUUGUCUAAAGUUGAAAAUGCAGAACCUCUAACCUUGCACCCCCAGCGAGUUCAGGAAUCCCUUAAAUAUAACCUUCAAAUGGAACAAGAUCAAGAAAGCAGUGAGAAGGAAGUGGAACAAAUUUUGCAGCAAAUGUGUUCUAAAAAUAUUGGGGUAGUUGAUGUAGGCGUCAGCAAAAGUUUCUUUAAAUUGAUUUCUCUAGUAAAAAAAUUACAGUCCUCAUCCCUUGAUAAAAUCUACAACUCUUUGAAAGACGGCAAGAUUUGUUCUUCAAAGAAGGUCAGACAUAUCUUCCUGGAUACAUUACCAAUGGCUGGAACUGAAGAUGCUAUUGAACUUAUGAUUAAAGUACUAGUGAAUAAGGAAAUUUCUGGAUUGAAAGCAAAAGUGUGGCCGGCGUCUUUAGCUUUAAUUCCAAAACCUACAGAAAGAGCAGUUGCAGCAGUAAUCCCAUUACUGAGAAAUGACAAGAGUGGAUCUGUACUUCUCGGUGUAUCUGUUAUGGUUUACAGAUUUUGUGCAGAAAGAAAUUGCGAAAGGUCCAGACCAGUUCAGGAAAUUGUUUCAGUUCUGAACCAAGCAAUCGGAUCAAGGUGUUCAUCAGAAAAAGACAAAGAAGUAAUUUCUUUGCUUAAAGCUUUCGGAAACAUGGGUUUUGUUGGUGAAGCUGAAUCAAAUAUCUUGGCAUGUGCAAAGGACAGUGACAAACCCGUUGGCUUGAGACUGGCAGCUAUUGAUGCUUUUAGAAGGCUAGAUAAGAAAAGACCUCAAGGUUUGCUCAAACUUUAUGAAGAUCAGAGAGAAAACUUCGAAAUUAGGAUUGCUGCUGUGUCUAGUAUCAUGAAAAAAGCAGAUGCUCAACAAAUUGAGGUUAUUAAAAGAGUAGCUGAACAGGAAAAUGAUGUGCAAGUUUCCAGCUAUAUUUCAACACUGAUGACCAACAUAAAGAAAUCCUCAUCACCUCUAAAGAAAAAUGUGAGAAAAUUGUUGAGAGAAAUGGAAAUCCAAUCACCACCUGUUGGCUAUUUAGAAAAUUCUAAGAAUAUUGAAGUAUCUGCUUUCAGCGAAACAUUCAAUAUUGGUGGUGAGGUAGAAGCUGACAUCAUUCAUUGCUCUGAUACGAAAAUUCCUCGUUCUAUUAACACACGUUUUGAUGUGAAUGUGUUUGACAAGAAUAUAAAUCUGUUUGAAUUUGGUGUACGAGCUGAAGGUCUUGAAGCGGCAUUCAAGAAGAUACUUGGAAGGAAGGACGCUAGUAAACAAAAAUCAUCAGCCUGGAAUUUAUUACGCUCAAGGAAAUUUCUCAAUGAUGAAGAAACUGAAGUGUCUCUUUUCGUCAGAACGAUGAACACAGAAAUAUUUGACCUUUCUGCUUCUGACUUAACUGGAGUUGGAGAAAUGGUAAAAAUUGCAGAUGUAAUGGAAAAACUAGCCGAAGGAAAAUCCGUUGAUUUCUCUCAUAGUUUCCUCUUCUUGAACACGCAUUUGAUAAUCCCUAGUGUAACUGGAAGAUCAUAUACUUUUGGUUUAACUGGUAGUGCAACUGUAGGUCUAACAGCUACUCAGAAACUUGACGUCUUGCAGUUUCCAAGAAGGGCAGAUAUCCAAGCCCAUUUUCAACCAAGUGUGAAUGUCGAAGUCGCUGCUACAGUUGGAAUCCAAACCAGUGUGCCACGACCAGACAUGAGAGUUGUCACGCGACUCCACUUAGAGUCGGACACACAAGCUCAGUUCCGCAUAAAGGAUGGACGUCAAGUUCUUGCUCGUUUCAAUGUGCCUUCAGAAAAUGUGGUCUUCGCAAAAAUAAGCUCUGAUAUUUUCGAGGUUGAUGCUCAGCAGAAUGAGAAACGUGUUUUCAAGGCUAUGCAAAAGAAAAUUGAUUACUGUUUCAAUAAACUCGAGAAACCUUUGGGUGUUUCCAUCUGCGGUAAAUGGGAAGUUCCUCGCCCUUUUUUGACCAGAACAUUUCCUUUCAUCAGAGGAGUUGGUAGUGUGGAGUUUGCUGUCAAGAAAAGCGAUCAGGAAAUGAAAGGUCUUGAAUUAUCCGUAGAAAUCCCAAAACGUUUGACUGAAGUGAUGCACUACAAAGCAUCGCUAGAUACUCCAGGCUCUCAGAUGUCCCGCCGUUUUGCAGCUGAACUGGAAGUACAGCAACCUGACUCUAAGCAGAUGAAGUUCUCCUUAGAUCUAACAUCACCUUUCAAGAAUGCUAGGGCAACAGGUUCAUAUAAUCUGACACCAGAGGUGGUGUCAGGAGCUUUGGAACUGCACACUAGUUCUUCUCAAAUCGUGUCAAUUAACGUUUCAAGUGAGAUAUCUGAAACUCGAUCUAGAAAAGUUUUGAAAACUUCACUUGAGGUAUCAGUUUCGAAUAGACAGCCAGUUAUAGUUGAGGGAAUAAUUGAUAUCACGAAAGGACGAAAACAACAGAUCUCUCUCGAUCUGAAAUCCAACAAGCCCACCGAGAAACCCAUAUCUAUUCAAGGCAUGAUAAUUAAAGAGGGUCGCCUAGAUCUUCAAAACUCUGAGUGGAAAAUGACCUCUGAUGUGAAGGUCAAAAGCCCAUUUUGGAACACGCAGGUUCUUUUGGAGGCAGAAAAACAAACCAAACAAACUCAAACACUUUCUACAAGUGUUGCUGUACAUUAUCAGAAGGACAGACUUCAAAAACAAACAAUAAAACUAGCAGGAAAAUUACAGAGAAAUUCAAAUAAAGUUAACACCUAUAUUCAGUUUGAAACAACUCAAUACCCAGCUGCUAACUGGAACCUCAAUUGGAACUUUCAGGGAAAACUCAGAGAAACAAUGAAAAACGAUAUCAGUCUAAAGUACGGUGGUAAUCCUGAGCGUACAUAUGUAAACGUUCUCCAAUCAUGUCGUUCCGACGGAUGGAGAAAUGGUGAAUUCCAACUUUCUGUAAAAGCCCCGCAAUUAGGCAUAGACAAUGAUGUUAAAGUAUCACGUGUUCUGGAGCCUCAAAACAUUAAAAUGGAAGCAAAUAUCCGAUACAAAGCUGAUAGACGCAUAAAGACUCUUAUUAAUUUGGACAAAGUGUCAGAAGCACCUGUGCAAAUAAAAGUGAAUGCUGAAUUAGAAUAUCCUGGAAGAAAACUAAUAUUACAAGACGAAAUUGUAGAAAUUAGUCCAAAUGCAUACCAAGGAGACUUAGUGCUACAAUGGCAGCAAGACAAGCAAGCAGAACUUAAAUACAAGUACCAAAAUCUGAAUAAGGAAUCUAAAUAUCAUCAAGAAAUUGAAGCCAGCUUACGACUUCCCAAUCGCCAGAAUCAGAUAAAGAGCAAAGCUACAUUCCAACUCAUGCAAGAUAGUUUAUACCUUGAAAAUCAAUUAAUUUUAAACAGAAAUUCACAGUAUUUAGUUCGCACUCAUUUGAAAAGAACUGGAGUUAGUCAUAUGGAUUUGAAAACACCUAAGAUUGAUGCAAAAUUGAAACUCAUCAAUGAUGAUGAAAGAAAAGCAGCUGCUAUUGACGUGAAAUUUAAGACACGCAGGUCCCAACACAUCACUGCAACAGUUGGCUUGGAUUUAGGACAGAAAACGAAAGUAGAAAUUGAAGCCACUCUGGAUGCAGAUCGCAGACCGUACAAAAAGUUUUAUGUCUCUGCUGAAGUAGAAAAGACGCAAAGCCGUUCUGGGAAUUUGUACAAGUGUAGCUGUAAAUUAGAAUGCUCAGACAUUUUGAACAUUCAGUUUACUGGAUCAGGUGACCUUUCUGUGUUAGGAAAACAUGACGUUUCUUUAGAUGCUACAGUCAGGAACUUAGAUCCCAUAAAACUUAUCAUUCGGCAAGAACUUACCAAACAUUUCAUCAAAACAUCAAUAAAAGUCUCAAAACGUAAUAUUGAUAAGGCUCUAAUUGAACUCGAAGGUGCAUUUCAAAAGCGUUCUAGGGAAACUGAAAUAUCGACUAAGUUUUCACUGAAAGCCUUAGACAGUUCUUUUGAAACUAAGGAACUGGAAGUGAAAUAUAUGUUCUCUCGUACAAGUUCUUCUUCAUCAAUAAAAUCAGAAAUGCGAUUACAGCGAUGUCCAGGUAAAGUUUAUGCUGGUGAAAUUGAAUGCGAUAUGAAAUCUAGUUCCAUGCAGCUGAAAGCAUCUGCGCAAACACCACACAUUAACUUUGAAAAGCAAUCGCUAAGCAUUUCUUUCCAAAGAUCUAAUUCAGCAAUGUUAUCAAUAGUGCAAGUUCAGCUUCCAAAUAGGAAAGAAAUGUCAAUUUCUUCCGAUGUUAAGAAAACAAGAUAUGGCUUAAUUGCCUCUUCAGUGCUCAGUUCACCUUUUGAAGCCGUAAGAAAUGCUAAAGUACUCUUGUCUUUAGACACACAGGCAGCUAAAAACAGCUUAAUGACGUAUAUCGAUGUCAAUGAAAAACGUGUAUACGAUAUGGAGUUAAGAAAAACUGUAUCAUCACAGGGGAUGGAAAUGGAUGCUCAAGUUAAAAUUCCAUGCCGCAAAUUCCAGUCCAUCAGUCUGAAUAUGCGAAGAGUUGGCGACUCAUUCAUGUCAUCUUGCAAUAUGGAGCUUGAGAAGAAUAAGGUAAUUUCACUACAGUCUGGCAUAGAACGAAAACCUCAAGGCAUUAGCAUUUCUUCCAAAAUAGGCUCUCCCUUUAACAGGCUAAAAGAUGCAGAAAUGAGUAUUUCCCUUUUAAAUUCCCCAUCUCAAAAGACGCUUUUAUCGUACAUUAAUGUCAACAGUCAACGAAAAGCUCUUGCUGAAGUUAGUUACAAAUCAAUGAACAGGGGGGCAGAAAUUUUAAGCAGCUUUUCAAUUAAAAACCACUCAGUGUCUGGAAUUGCUAGUUUAAUUAAACAAACAAAUCUUCUUACUUAUUCUCUCAGUGUCCAUAAAGGAUCACAAUCCUUAUUACCAGAAAAUUUGAGCGGCGAGAAAACAGGAAACAAACGUUUGCAUUCAAUGCAAAGGCAAAAAAUAUCUUUGGUAGAUGUAACGCUUUCAAAAGAAACUUCUGCACAAAAUUCUAGAUUUGUUUUUAAAGCUCAAGCACCAUUUAUGCCGCUUUCUCUAACUGUUCAAACAACGCGAAAUGAUUCAAAUUCCUUAUCUGCAGAUGUCCAAACUUGUUUCGGAUCAGAACAGAAAGCAUGCUAUAAUGCAAAAUUUUACCAAAUAGCUUCAGUUAACUCAGACAACUACCGCCAGUAUAGGAAGAUCACUUGCAAUAUAGAGAAGCUGACUAGGUCUAAAGCUGAGCCUUUCGGAAACAUCGUUAUUUCCUAUGGCCUUGGAGACAAUGAUUUCAAAUCAAAAUUAAAUGUUGAAAUCUUAAACAAAAGACUCGGUUAUGAAGUAAAACUUCACAGAAGACAUCAUGAAAGAGAACCCUGCUCAAUGGAGACGGAGUUGCAACUUAUGAAUCGUACAGUUAUCGUUCGAAGUAGUGCUCUUCAUAAUUCUGAACAACUGCUUAUAGAUUUCGAUGUCACUCCUGAUGCUACAGUGCCUACUCGCAAGUACAGGAUUGAAGUGAAAAAACACCAUUCUCAGCGUGAUAAUGAAAUCUCCGGCCAUCUGAAAUUGUCAAAUCCUAAUAUGAUAAAACCUAUUUCGCUUGAAGUUUCCGUUAGGAAGGGAAGAAUGAUUCCCGUAGAAGCCAAAAUUAGCCUACAGUAUGCUGCGUCUCCACAAAAAGUGUUGACUUUAGAAAUACAGCCUGAAGGACAGAAUGCGGCCAUCAAGCUUUACAGUGAAGACAGAAAGAUUGACGCCAUGGUAAAAUUCUUGAAGGAUAAAACCGAGAAUGAAGACAAAUACGGGUAUGAAUGGAGGUACAAAUCAAAAGCUGAUACAAAAAGAGGAGGAGUUGCUGUUGUUAUCUCUCAGAGAAGAAGGGGAAUUCCAAUGAACGUUGACGUCCUGUAUUACACAACAAAUACUGACCUGAGAAUUUCUGGUCGCUCUGUAAGAUCUUCCCGGGAGGCACCCGAAUUCAACAUAAACAUAGUAUCAAAAGGAGAGAUAUUAUCAGAAAUUAGUAUCAGAACGGAAGAGAAAUGUGCAGAAAUUGAAAUUCAAAGAAGAGGUCCUUUCAUGAAAUGUCAGUUAUGCAUUAAUAAACGUGGAAGUGAAUCGCUUAAACUUAUCAGUUUAGCUGCAUUCUACCGGGAACGUAACAUCCUAGAUUUUAGUGUAGAAGUAGAUUCCGAAAAGCCAAGAAUUGCCGAAAUUACACUCAAUUGGAAUAAGGAUAACUUACUGCGUGUUUUGGAAGAGUUAAAGAACAUCGCCAAAUUUUUCUAUGACCGAUCCCUUUCCGAAAUUGAAGAAGAAAUCAUAAAGCACAUUAAGGAUUUCUGGUAUAAUGUUAUCAAGCCAAAACUUGAAGACUUCCUAGACUGGUAUCAGGAGCAGCUGGAAAAAGUUCUCGAUAGUUUACGUGAAGCUCUUAGUUUGCACUUUCCUUUGUGGGAUGAAAUUGUAAAUCUAGUGAAAGAUCUCCUAAGUUACUUGAAAACAUUUCUGAAGGAAUUACCGCAUAUUAGAUCUCUAAAGGAAUUCUUAGAAGACUUGAAAAAAUUUUGGGAUUCGGUAAUUCACAGAAUCCUUGGAAUCAUUUUUGAGCAUGUACCUGAUGUCGUGAAAGACAUAUGGCAAAUGACAAGAGCUGACUUAAAGAAUUGCCUUGAAAAGAUCUGCAGGCCUGGAUCAAUCUGUGAUGAUUUGAGACAAAUUUAUGAGAACUCUAAAGCUAAAGGGGUGCUCAAUUAUCUUCUCAAUAAAAUCUCUGAAAAAAGGCGUUCUUUAAUGGAAUUGCUUCCCCAAGGCUUACCUGAUAUAAAGGAUUUAAUCCGCAAAGCUAUACGCAUUGCUGAAUCGCAAAUCAAACGGAUAUUCGGUGAUUUGGUUGGAGAGAAGAUAAUCUCAGUCGUCAAGGGAGAUAUACUGGAAGUGGAAUCAUUCUUGAGAGGAAGGGUAAUAGAACUGAUAGAUAAUAUAAUGAAGUACAUUGAUGACCUUUUGGAAUCGGAUGAGGACCUUCAGCUUCUAAAAUCAGUUAUGCAGGAAACCAAGCAAAACGCUGUGAAUGCAUGGCAAAAUCGAGAGAAAAUCGCACGAGAAAUGUGGCAACCGGUGCGCGUACGAGACUUGAAGCAUACCCUAAACAAUGGAUGAAAGAGAGAUUAAUCGUCCUACAAUUCAGCCCGAGAAGAGGAAAUAUUACAGUCCAAUUCCAACAUCCCUUUCAUCAAACGCAACUUCAAGUAGCCCAAAAUCUACUUUCAGCAGCUAAAAGUAAACUUCUUUCUGUCUUUCAAAGCUAGGAUGUUAUUAUAGAAUUAUAUUUGGAGGAAGCUGAGUGCACUGGAUAGCAUUCUUCUUUCUUGGACUUUUUAUAUGUUAUUUAAAAUAUGCAUGUUCUUGUUUUCUGAGUCACUAAGUGGAGACCUUAUUUAAUGUAAUUAAGCAUUCUGUACCUUUAUAUGUAUAAUAAAAAUACAAAUAUUAAUACUUUGUUUUUACAAACA